AUCGCCAGCGUGUGCUUCAUCAUGUCGCACGAAGCAGCCUCGCCACCUUUCCGGCUGCUAAGCUUGGCUCCUGAGCUGCAGCUACAUAUUCUCAGCUGGUUGGAGUACGACGCCCCCAGCAUACUUAGCGUCCGGCUCGUCAACCGCCAGAUCUCGACCAUCUCCGAGGGGUUCUUUGCAAAGACCUUUUUGUGGAGUUUAACGGUGAACCCAUUCACGGACGAUCUCUACCGGCUACACCGCGUGGCAGACCACGAGCACUUCCGUCACCACGUCGGAGCACUAGAGAUCCAGCCAUUCCGUCACCCGGACGACCCCUUGCCAAAGCGACUUAGGAAGAAGGUGAUCCCAGGGUGGGCCAAGGUUGCGAACGGGUUCGAGGUCGAUCACACCUCGCCGACUGCGCAGGACUUCCUGCACUGCCUCUCUCGGCUUCCCAACUGCGUCUCGUUCAGCAUCCGGGACAUCGACGAAUGGGGUCGUGUGGUCGAGGACGACGAGAUCCCUCGGCUUGCUCCGCCGACGGACUGCCUGGCCCUCCUCAUCCGCGCCGCCGCGGCCCCGGCCCAGCCCGUCCGCAUACGGUCGCUGCGGGUCAUCAUGAGCGGCAUCCCAGAGGACGGGUGCGUGCGGCCGCAGCACCUCCCGAUCGAGCUCGUCAGGUCGGGCGCGUUCAGGCAGAACCUGGCGACCAACCUGCGAACCCUACACCUGUCCCCGUUUUUCCGGCAUCCGCUCAGCUCGUGGGAAGAUGGCAGCCACAGCGAGGACUCGUACUUUAAGGCCUUCAUGCUCAUCGUUUCGGCGGCCGAGAACCUAGAGAGCCUCGUCCUUGGGGGCUUCCACGAGCGCACCGGCCGGCUCGUGCGCGAGCUCGCCAACAUGAGCACAUUCCCGUCCCGCCUCCGGCAUUUUGUCCUUACGGGGGGCGUUUAUCACGACCCUGAGGACAAGCGGGUCUCCACCAGCGAUCUCAUCAAGGUCCUGAAGCGCGCCGGCGCGGGUGGGGUCUACGCGACGGCCAGAUGGCCCGACACGCGAUUGUGUAAUCCUCUCCGGCAAAAAGGGGCUCGGUGCCCUCCCACGGGUUAG